AGCUGCUUGUCACGGGCAUGUGAUUCAAGUCCACUUCUUGUUGAUCUCCGGUAUAAAACACAAAUUCGACUACAAUGCCAGCAGUGAAAACUAUCCACAAUUCUUGUGUAUGUUCAAGAACAAGCAAGAAGUAGCGCAGUGUGUAAUUUUUGUAAGGAAAUUCAGCUUCCACCGCUCUCCUGUAAAAAAUAUUCAAUCCAUCAGCCGCUCUACACAUGAUGACUAAAGUAAUUAUCGUCAUAUUAAGUUUGGCAUAUUUGCAGCAUCAGGCACUUUCCCAGAUUCAGGAGGAUGAUAAUGAUGCCGAACUCUACGUCACACUGAACCAACCAAAAAACAGUACACUAAGAGGUCAUCACUUGACAAGUUUUCAAGGUAAAAAGUAUUGUGCUUUCCAAGAAAUUCCAUACGCGAUACCACCUAUAGGUGAAAGGAGAUUCAAAGCACCAGAACCUAUGCAGCCUUGGAAGGGCAUAUAUAAUGCUACAAAAAGUGAAAAGAUGUGUACACAGUUUACAGAAAGGAGAGGAACCACUGUUACUGGUGAAGAAGACUGCCUGUACUUGUACGUUUACACUCCAUUGAAUCCAAAAAAGAUCACGAAAAAGCUACCGGUUUUAUUUUGGAUUCAUGGAGGAGGUUUCGUUGAAGGUUCAGGCAGAAACCAGACCCACAACCCCACAUAUUUUAUGGAUGAGGAGAUUGUAAUUGUAACUAUAAACUACCGAUUAGGAAUCUUAGGAUUUCUGACGACUGGAGAUUCUGUCAUUCCAUCAAACUUAGGUCUGAGAGACCAAAGGCUUGCUCUAGAAUGGACACACGCUAAUAUCGAAAAAUUUGGCGGUGAUCCCAAAAAUAUAACUAUAUUUGGUGAGAGUGCAGGAGCAGCUUCAGUAGGAUACCACCUUCUUGGAUACGCUGAAAAACCUCUUUUCGCUGCAGCAAUUCUAGCCAGCGGGACGGCUCAGAAUAUUUGGACUUACCAACAUGACCCAAGAAGAAGGGCAUUUGAAACUGGCAAAUCUCUGGACAAACAUUUCAAAUCUGACGACUCAGCAGCACUUUUGGCUCUUCUCCAAAAUGUAUCAGCUCCGUCUCUGUUAAAAUCGGACCUUCAUUCAGACACAAAGCGCGUAGCAAUUUUAGCUAAUGAUAAGAAUUGGUUCCGACCACCAACUGAUGCCAUGGAAAAGGGACAAUUUGCUAAAGUUCCUAUGAUGGUCGGAUUCAAUUCUGAAGAGUUUGGAUACCCAGAUAAAGAUGCUUGUCUGAACGGAGCUAAUGAGAUUGAUAAAAACAUCAGUAGUAUUUUGGGAGUUUUGGAUGUAGGAAAGCACAAUUCUAGUGAAAUAGGUCUUCGUCUUAAGGAAUUGUAUACCAAGGGACUGUUCGCUGAUGAUUUACUCGCAUAUGUCAAGUAUCUGUCAGACUAUCUCUUCAUAUCAGCAAUAGUCAAACAUGCAGAUAGUGCCUCUAAAUUUGUCCCAACGUACCUGUACUCUUUCUCGUUUAAAUCAUCCAAAGGACCAAGAUCAGGAGUGCCAGGUGUAAACGGAGUUUACCAUGCUGAAGACUUAUCAUUUUACUGGAAAGACUGUCUGUUUGAAGUUCCCGAAAGUGAACGCAUUAUUGCAAAGAAAUUUGUGAGAAUUUUAACUAAUUUUGUGAAGUACAAGAACCCAAUGCCACAUAAAGACCCCCUGCUUGAAAAUGUGUCGUGGCCCACGGUAAAACCAAACCAGAUCAAAUACAUGAACUUUGGAAGUACAUUUAAGGUUGAAGAAAAUCCCAGGAACUACUCUGCAAUUGAUACCUUAUUAAAAAAGUAUCUUGUUAAGCCAGUGAUUGUGUACUGAAAAUAAUGAAU